AUGGUUGGCCUAGGGCCGAGUGAUCAAGGAUGUGAUUCCUUUGAUGUGUGUAUGGUGACACGUGAAACUACACCGAGUGCGGUCGGCCGUGAGAGCACCGCACUGAAUGUCAAUAAUGAUAUUGUUGGCGAUACGCCGUAUAGUGUGGACGGCCGUGAGGGCACCACGCUUAACGCCGGUAAUGGCGUUGUUGGCGAUACGCCGUAUAGUGUGGGCGGCCGUGAGGGCACCACACCUAAUGUCAGUAAUGAUACUGUUGGCGAUACGCCGUAUAGUGUGGACGGCCGUGAGGGCACCACACCUAAUAUCGGUAAUGACCUUAUUGGCAAGACGCCGUUGAAUUUGAAGCUAGGCCCGCAUAAUACACGUGGAGUGGAACGUUUCAAUCCACUGGGUAAAUUGUUCGAGUUAUGA